UGGUUGGAAACGUAAUUGGAGUUAAAAAACAAACAAACAAACAAACAAAACGCCACAAGAAGUUGUGUGCGUUCUUUUGAGCGCGCGCGCGCUCUCACGAGGCCGGCCGCCUAUAUAAACGCGCAGCCGAUGGUAAAGGAGUCUCCGGGAGUCAGACGGUUGCGAUGACGAGCAAGCAGAGGGAUGCUCUCCGACCGAGCGGUGCCGUUUGCGCGCUUUUACGCACGGCGGCAGCGGCGGCGCGUGCCUCCCCAAAGCGGGCACGCGGCGCACCAGAUGCCAUCUUCAUCAACAUCAUCCUCAUCCUCGCCAUCCUCAUCUCAGUGAUGUUGCCUGCCACUAUCCAGCCAGCAUCGGCUCACCCUCAGUGCCUGGACUUCGAGCCGCCGUUCAAGCCGCAGUGGCACCUGGAGUUCUGCUCCCAGUACGAGCAGUUCGGCUGCUGCGACCAGCGGACGGACAACGCGAUCGCGGAGAGAUACUGGGACGUGAUCGAGCAGCUGGAGACGGCGGGCUACGACUUGUGUGAGGACAUGCUGAAGGAAAUCAUGUGCCAGGAGUGCUCUCCUUACGCUGCCCACCUGUACGACGCGGAAGACCCCUACACUCCGGUCAGAGACCUGCCGGGACUCUGCUUCGGCUACUGCUCCGAGUUCCACAGCAAGUGUCGCCACGUGGUCCGAUAUCUGACCGACAACCAGCUGCUGCUGGACACGUCCGGACGGGACAUGGCCACCUUCUGCAGCCUCAUCAACCUCUCCGACCAAGACUACUGCUACCCCAGGGUCCUGAAGAGCACCGACCUCAACAGAAACCUGGGGCAGGUGGUGGAGGACCCCAGAGGGUGUCUCCAGGUGUGCCUGACCGAGGUGGCCAACAGCCUGAGGAAUCCGGUGCUGAUGCUGCACAGCGGCGACGACACGCACAGGAUGUUCAUCGCCGAACAGCUGGGCUUUGUUUGGGUGUACCUGCGCGACGGCAGCCGGCUGGAGCAGCCCUUCCUGGACAUGAGCGGGGCGGUGCUGACCACUCCCUGGCUGGGGGACGAGAGGGGCUUCCUGGGCAUGGCCUUCCACCCCAAGUACAGCCGAAACGGCCGCUUCUUCAUCUACUACUCCAUCCAGUUUGACGGCAAGGUGGACAGAAUCCGAAUCAGCGAGAUGAAAGUGUCCGACGGCGACAUGAACGUCGCCGAUCCUUACUCUGAGAGAGUUAUUUUAGAAAUUGAGGAGCCGGCUGCAAAUCACAACGGCGGUCAGCUGCUGUUUGGUCAAGACGGCUGCCUGUACGUCUUCACAGGAGACGGUGGGAAAGCCGGGGAUCCGUUUGGGAAGUACGGCAACGCACAGAACAAGAGUUCUUUGUUGGGCAAAGUGCUGCGCAUCAAUGUGGAUGGAAGCGACCCGCUGGGGAAACCGUACCGGAUCCCACCUGACAAUCCGUUCUCCAGAGACCCGGAUGCUCGGCCGGAGGUGUUCGCGUACGGCGUACGGAACAUGUGGCGAUGCUCCGUGGACCGCGGCGACCCGGUGAGCGGCUACGGCCGCGGCCGGAUCUUCUGCGGAGACGUCGGUCAAAACCGCUACGAGGAAGUCGACAUCAUCGUCAAAGGGGGGAACUACGGGUGGAGGGCGAAGGAGGGCUUCGAGUGCUACGACAUCAAGCUGUGCCAGAACGCCUCUCUGAAUGACAUCCUCCCCAUAUUUGCAUAUAGCCAUCAUGUCGGGAAGUCUGUGACGGGGGGGUAUGUGUACAGAGGAUGUGAAUCACCAAAUUUGAACGGCCUGUACAUUUUUGGAGACUUCAUGACUGGUCGGCUCCUGGCAUUAGAGGAAAACAAAGCCACUGGGACCUGGAAAGAGAAGAACAUAUGCAUGGGUAGUACAACAACCUGCUCCUUUCCUGGACUCAUCAAUCAUCACCACAAAUUCAUCAUCUCCUUCGCUGAAGAUGAAGCAGGGGAGCUGUACUUUCUGGCCACUUCGUACCCCAGUGCCACGUCCCCGACUGGAGCGGUGUUUAAAUUCAUGGACCCGUCCAGGAGAGCUCCUCCAGGGAAAUGCAAGCAGAAACCUCUGCCUGUGAAGGUGAAAGGGAAAAAGUUUCCAUUCGUCCCCAGUGAACAGACUGUGCUGAAGGCAAACGAGAAACCGACCAGACCACCACUAAGAAAAUACAAACCGGCCACCAAACCGCCGGCGGUGAGCGGUCGGCACAGAUCCACCACGACCGCAGCCAGCACCACAACCAAAGCCGCUGCCGCCAAGCCGGACAGGAAAACGCCGCCCAAGCCGGCCGGCAGGAACAAGAACAAAUCGUGGCAGAAAGAGAAGAAGCUCAAGGAGAAAGACAUGAACAAGAACGCCAUGGGCAGGAAGCCGAAACCACCAACGAAGAAGACGGCUGCGAAGACGCCAGGCAAAGCCAAGGCGAAGCCGAAGACGACCCAGACCGCCACAGACGGUUUAAAGGGUAGGAAGCUGUCAGAGAGCCUGGGGGAAAACAAGAUCACCUCAAAGAGGAGCUACCCACGGAUGACAACGGGACUGAACGCAACAACAUCUGACAGGGAGCGUCUCGUCUUCAACAAUGCAACCAAGACAAACGUCAAAAGCAAAGUACAAAAGACGUUGCCUUGGGUUAGAAGCAAGCACAUAAAAAGUGCCGAAACACUGUAGACAAAAAAAGAGAAAAAGUUCACGUGUCGCUGCUUUGUACAUUUCAGCUUUUUGUUGUAAAGAAUAUGCUUAUUUGCUUCUCUGCCAUCGGUCAGAAAGACACAUAAUUGGCAGAUUUCAGCUUCUAAACUGACAAGACCUUCGACCUUUUCCUCAGACUGCAUAGAGUUUAUGCUAAGCUAAUGAUUUAGGUGUUCGGUAACUUGUGCUCAAAUGUGUACAGAUGCAGAUGAUGUCCGUCUACUAACUGGAUAACAACUGUACAAACAGAAUCUACAUUUUACAUGUCAGAUUAAAAAAAAAAAAUCUUAAAAGUUAAGUACCUUUUGCUAUUCAGUUAUUAAUCGGUUAAUCCAAAAAUUAUUACCAAUUCACACGUUGAUGUUGUUAGUGUUGCUUUUAGCUGCAGAUUCAUCCUUUGCCACACAUGAGCAAGCGUAUGCUAAAUAAAAUCCUAUGUUAUUGCAUUUUAGGCAAUAAAAUGUUUUUUUAUUU